AUGGAGAAAAGACACCAAGACAUUAUCAAGGCGAACUACUCUACUUUAGUGCAAAACAUAACGACCUCAUCGGUUGCCGGACAUCUAUUUGCUUCCAACAUUAUUACCGAUGAAAUGCGGCAGCAGAUUGAAGCUGAAAAAACCAGCUAUGAUCGAAAUAGAAAACUAUUAAGCAUCAUUCUACGGAGAGGUCCGAGAGCUUUUACAGGUCUCAGGAUGGCACUCCUGAAAGCCAAUCAAAGAGACUUGUUUAAGCUUCUUUUACCUGAAGAUAAUACUGUAUCUGAAUACGACAAAAAGUUAGCCAUGGCCAGAUCACUAGUUCACGAUACGACAGAAACAUCUGUUGGUGUCAACCAGCCAAAGACCUACCGUACAGAACGACAAAAAUCUCAAGAGGAACGAUGCAGAAUCAGCCUGGAUGACUUCAGUGACAUUUUCCUGACAGCCGUUCCUUUCAAAAAUAAGAUCAAUAUUCACAUUCGUCACUUCACAGAGUCCAACGGUCGCUAUAUCGCAACAAAGAAAGGGGUUACGUUUUCACUUCCUCGAUGGGUGAUGUUUAAAUCUCUGCUCCCGGAUAUAGAAAGAUGUAUGCAGAACAAAGAGAACAAUUGUGAAAUGAAGUGGCACAUUGGAGGUGGAGUGUACGUCUCCAUUAACCCUGGAUAUUCAACAGUGGACAUCAGACACUUUUGGAAGCCAGAAGAUGCUGUCAAACCGGUACCAACAAGAAAGGGUGUGACCCUAAACAGACAAAAACUGAGUAGAUUGCUUCAAGCUACCCAGGAAUUAAGAGAAUGUGUCCCAGAGCUAAAUGAUACAGAUCUGUGCGCAUUCAGUGAAUCACAUCAAAACCAGCUUGGGAUGUUAAAUUGCCCAGAAUGCACUCCCUUCGGAUACGAACCUCAGGAAGUUAAUACGUCCAUGGAAUGCAAUGACGGUGACUCACAAGAAACAUUGAUAAUCGAAUGUGACACUGACUAAACCAAUGAUAUUGUAUGAUGUGUAUCUAUGAAAAUAUUGUUUUAAUAACAUAUUCGCGAGUACAAUCGUAUUUGUGCAAACAAUUAUUGACCCUCUGAAUAAAAUCAUAUAUAUUGUAUAUUUAUAAAUGACUCCUGUUUUCAUUUUAUUAUUAAAUACUAGCUAAAAACAAGAAUUAAUCAGUAUGAGUCAGGAUGGCAAAGAACACAGACUAUCUAAAAAAAAUAUAUUAUACUCCUGGAAAUCCCGGGGCAUUUGCAGGACCAGAAAAACUUUACCAAGCUGUAAAAAAGGAGGGAAAAUAUAAAGUUGGAAGAGUGAGGAUAAGACAGUUUUUAAACAAUGAAGACCCUUACAGUUUAAUGAAACCUAUCCGACGCACAUUUCCUCGUUCAAGGGUCGUGGUGGACACCAUUGACUCGAUGUGGGACGGAGAUUUAGCUGACGUUAGCAACAUUUCUUCCCAUAAUGACGGAUAUAAAUUUUUGCUAGUGUUAAUCGAUAUAUUUAGUCGCUUUCUGUUCUUAAUACCACUGAAAAAUAAACAACAUCAAAGUAUAACUGAUGGUUUUAAAUUGGUUUUUCAAAGUGGACGCAAACCAAAUACGAUUAGAACAGACAAAGGAAGCGAAUUUAAAAAUCGCUGGGUGAAAGCGUUUUUUAAAAAAGAGGGAAUUCACACCAUAUACACUCAAAACGAAACUAAAGCAAAUUAUGCGGAGAGAGUUAUCAGGACAAUGAAAAACCUGAUGUACCGUUAUUUUCUUAAAAACAGAACUUAUCGAUAUGUUGAUGUUUUACAAGAUUUAGUGAGUAGUUAUAACCAAAGACCUCACAGAUCGUUAGGAGAACGAGCACCUUCAACUGUCAAUAAGGAAAAUGCGGAUGAAAUAAGACUAGUUACUUAUCUCACAACCAGAAAACAA